UCAAUAUAGAAUUCGCAUUUUCUUAUUUAAUCUCAUUUAUUGUUGCUGGUUGCAUCACCCCCUUCAAUCUUGGUUUUGUGCAAAAUUGAGAAUAGAAGAAGAUAGCAAGAGAAAAAAGAGGACAAAAAAAGGUCUUCUUGAAGGAAAUCCCUGAAGCCAGUUACUUUUCUCCUUCAGGCCUCCAACUUUCAAAUUUCAUUUCCUGGCGUUGUGUUCUACUUGGAUUCAUCCAACUCCAUGACCGCGGAGCUCCAUCCUAGGGUUUUAACCCUUGAACCCGUAGGGGGUUUUGGUUCCGACGGAAUUGGCUUGUUAAUCUCAUUGUUGGAUUACUGAGAAGGGAGCCUAUUCGGAGGAGUUUCGAAGCAGCAGGAGUGGGGAGAGGAAGGAAGACUGGAAGAUGAUCACGGAGAAGCCAAGCUGGGUUAGGCAUGAGGGUAUGCAAAUCUUCUCGAUUGACAUCCAGGCGGGUAAUCUCAGGUUCGCAACUGGCGGGGGAGACCACAAGGUCCGGAUAUGGAAUAUGAAAUCAGUAGGCAGGGAUGCCGACAGUGACCAAUCACAGAGAUUGCUGGCAACCCUUUGGGAUCACUUUGGGUCAGUCAAUUGUGUUAGAUGGGCUAAGCAUGGUCGCUUUCUUGCUUCUGGAUCUGAUGAUCAAGUAAUUCUUGUAUAUGAAAGAAAACCUGGGUCAGGCACGACAGAAUUUGGCAGUGGACAGCCACCAGAUGUGGAGAAUUGGAAAGUGGCAAUGACAUUAAGGGGUCAUACUGCUGAUGUGGUUGAUCUUAAUUGGUCACCAGACGACUUAACCUUGGCUAGUGGCAGUUUGGAUAACACCAUUCAUAUCUGGAAUAUGACCAAUGGCAUCUGCACAGCUGUUUUGAGGGGCCAUUCUAGUUUAGUUAAAGGUGUUUCUUGGGAUCCUAUUGGCACUUUUAUAGCGAGCCAAUCGGACGAUAAGACUGUUAUCAUCUGGCGCACAAGUGAUUGGAGUCUUGCUCACAAGACUGAUGGGCAUUGGGCACAAAAUCAGUAGCUUGGUUCAACAUUUUUUAGAAGGCUUGGGUGGUCGCCCUGUGGCCAUUUUAUCACUACCACUCAUGGCUUUCAGAAACCCCGACACUCAGCUCCAGUGUUAGAACGAGGAGAAUGGUCUGCUACUUUUGACUUUCUAGGUCACAAUGCACCAAUUAUUGUAGUCAAAUUCAACCAUUAUAUGUUCCGGAAACAUUUUUCCAAUGGACAGGAUGUUAAGGCUGCAUCCACUGGGUGGACCAAUGGGACUUCUAAAAUUACAGGAAAGGAGCAUCAACCUUACAAUGUGAUUGCCAUUGGAAGCCAAGACCGGACAAUAACUGUUUGGUCCACUGCUAGUGCUCGUCCCCUCUUUGUUGCCAAGCAUUUUUUCUCACAAAGUGUGGUUGAUCUUUCAUGGAGCUCGGAUGGUUAUGCUCUCUUUGCAUGCUCUCUAGAUGGCUCCGUGGCCACUUUCCAUUUCGAAGUGAAGGAGCUCGGACAGAGAUUAACUGAUGCUGAAUUGGAUGAGUUAAAGAGAAGUCGCUAUGGUGAUGCCAGAGGAAGGCAAGCUACUGUUGCUGAGAGCCCUGCUCAGUUGCUGCUAGAAGCAGUUGCUGCUAAGCAGUCAGCUAGCAAAAAGGGACCCUCUGGUCUACAGCAAAUUCAACCAAUCAAGCCUUGUACAGAUCCAGAGAAUCCAAUCGUUAAUCAGCCAAUUACGAAGGCUCCUGAAAUGCUGGUUGAAGAGGCAAAGAAAAAUCUCAUUUCUGCCAAUGACUCUUUGAGUAAAACAGCAGUUGGUCGGAUAUCUAGUCCUGUUAAACAGAGAGAAUACAGACGUCCUGACGGACGGAAAAGAAUAAUUCCAGAAGCCUUAGGGGUUUCUUCACAUCAGGAGAACAUUUCUGGUGUUGCCAAUGUUACUGAAUUCUAUUCCUUGACCUUAGAUCAUCAGAAGGAUGACUGCCGACAGAUACCCACUGACAAUGGAGUUCAAGAAGUUCCAUUCAAGAAACCAUUCAAUGCCAACGCUUCUGUGAUUGAUGGCACUGUGAAGUGCAACAACUUUGGAUCUAAGGAACGUUCUGGUAUAACGGCAAGGGCAAAUAUUCAUGAAUGUUUAGUUAUUGAGAAGGCACCCGCCUUAGCUAGCACAGAUGGCAGAUUGCAUGUGGAAACUUCAGGGCUUGUGGGCAUGCCAGGUUCCCUUACUUCAUGUAGUGCACUUUCUAUUCGGGUCUUCAAUAAGAAAGAUGAUGAUGAUAACUUGCCUAUAUGCUUGGAGGCCAAGCUGGUGGAACGGUCUAUGAAUGACAUUAUAGGUGUAAACAAUACAUUUUUGACUAAAGAAACUGAAAUUACUUGUACAAGAGGCACCCUAACUCUUUGGUCUGACCGAAUAUCUGGAAAAGUAACUGUCUUGGCUGGUAAUGCUAACUUCUGGGCAGUUGGUUGUGAAGAUGGCUGUUUACAGAUCUAUACAAAAUGCGGAAGGCGCUGCAUGCCAGCCAUGAUGAUGGGAUCUGCUGCUGUCUUUAUAGACUGUAACGAGUACUGGGAGCUGCUUCUAGUCACGAAGAGGGGAUUACUCUAUGUUUGGGAUCUUUUUAAUAGAACUUGUAUUCUUCAUGACUCUUUAGCUUCUCUGGUUUCUUUGAGGGAGGAGACACCAUCAAAAGAUGCUGGUACAAUCAGAGUUAUAUCUGCAAGGUUCUCAAAAUCUGGAUCACCCCUUGUAGUCCUUGCUUCACGUCAUGCAUUUCUUUUCGAUAUGGGCAUGAAGUGCUGGCUCAGGAUUGCAGAUGACUGCUUUCCAGCUUCAAAUUUUGCAAGCUCUUUUAGCUUGAGUUCCAUUCAUGGUGGUGAACUCGGUAAUUUGCAAGUUGAAGUUGGAAAAUUUAACUCACGAAAGCCAACUUGGACUAGGGUAACGGAUGAUGGGAUGCAAACACGUGCUCAUUUGGAAACUCAACUGUCAUCUGCACUAGCUUUGAAGUCACCUAAUGAAUACCGUCAGUGCCUUCUUGCUUAUGUAAGGUUUCUUGCAAGGGAAGCAGAUGAAUCCCGCUUGCGUGAAGUUUGUGAGAGCUUUCUCGGCCCUCCUACAGGAAUGCUUGAAACUGCAUCCUCUGAUACAAAGACAUGGGAUCCUAGUGUUCUAGGAAUGAAGAAGCAGAAACUUCUACGCGAAGACAUUCUUCCAGCCAUGGCAUCAAAUCGAAAAGUCCAGCGACUGCUAAAUGAGUUCAUGGAUCUCUUAUCCGAGUAUGACACUCUCGAUGCUAACACUGACCAAAUGGACUUCGUCCCCACGACGAAGGAUGCCAGUUUAUGAGUCUAGAUUAUUUCUUAAAUAUAGAGUUUAAAAUCAGCCUUUUUCAACAAUGAGUAACCCAUGUUUUUUUAUGUAGAGUAUGCAUAGUAAUAUAGAGCUAAGCCAUUAAUUUUUGUUCCCUUCCGACAUGAGAUUCCUCAACACAAAAUGAGAUUUCUCAUAACACCUUAAUGUUCAUGUAACAGCUGUUUGUCC